AUGUGUGACGAGGACGAGACCACCGCGCUCGUGUGCGACAACGGCUCCGGCCUGGUGAAGGCUGGCUUCGCCGGGGACGAUGCCCCCAGGGCCGUGUUCCCCUCCAUCGUUGGCCGCCCCCGCCAUCAGGGCGUCAUGGUGGGUAUGGGUCAGAAGGACUCCUACGUAGGAGAUGAAGCCCAGAGCAAGAGAGGUAUCCUGACCCUGAAGUACCCCAUUGAACAUGGCAUCAUCACAAACUGGGACGACAUGGAGAAGAUCUGGCACCACACCUUCUACAAUGAGCUGCGCGUCGCCCCAGAGGAGCACCCCACUCUGCUCACUGAGGCCCCCCUUAACCCCAAGGCCAACCGUGAAAAGAUGACCCAAAUCAUGUUUGAGACCUUCAACGUCCCUGCCAUGUAUGUGGCUAUCCAGGCUGUGCUGUCCCUGUAUGCCUCUGGCCGUACCACUGGUAUCGUGCUGGACUCCGGGGAUGGUGUGACACACAACGUCCCCAUUUAUGAAGGGUAUGCCCUGCCCCAUGCCAUCAUGCGCUUGGAUCUGGCCGGCCGUGACCUCACAGACUACCUGAUGAAGAUCCUGACUGAGCGUGGCUACUCCUUUGUCACCACAGCUGAACGUGAGAUUGUCCGUGACAUCAAGGAGAAGCUGUGCUAUGUGGCACUGGACUUUGAGAACGAGAUGGCCACCGCUGCCUCUUCCUCCUCCCUGGAGAAGAGCUACGAGCUGCCUGAUGGGCAGGUCAUCACCAUCGGCAAUGAGCGUUUCCGCUGCCCAGAGACCCUCUUCCAGCCCUCCUUCAUUGGCAUGGAGUCCGCAGGUAUCCAUGAGACCACCUACAACAGCAUCAUGAAGUGCGACAUUGACAUCAGGAAGGACCUGUACGCCAACAACGUCAUGUCCGGGGGUACCACCAUGUACCCAGGUAUUGCUGACCGCAUGCAAAAGGAGAUCACAGCCCUGGCCCCCAGCACGAUGAAGAUCAAGAUCAUCGCCCCACCUGAGCGUAAGUACUCUGUCUGGAUCGGUGGCUCCAUCCUGGCCUCCCUGUCCACCUUCCAGCAGAUGUGGAUCACAAAGCAGGAAUACGAUGAAGCUGGCCCAUCCAUUGUCCACCGUAAAUGCUUCUAA